UGGACACGACCGCCAUUCAGUACGAUUUCAGGUUUUCGCGGAACGAGGAUCAUUUGCGUGUCGCGCAGCUCCCGAGACAAUCGCGUUGGUGAAAGUAUCGACACGAAAAAUGCCCGGUGAAUCGUUUGUGGUCGGUGUUGACGUUGGCACGGGAAGUGCGCGGGCGGCACUGGUCAGCAUCGCCGGAAAGGUGCUGAAAACGAGCGUGCAUUCAAUCCGUACCUGGAACGAUCAGCCAAAUUACUACGAACAAUCUUCGGACGAUAUUUGGAGAGCCGUUUGCGAGUGUGUCAAGACUGUUACAGCCGAGUGCGGCAAGGAGCAAAUUAAAGGCAUUGGCUUCGAUGCAACCUGUUCGCUGGUGGCAUUGGAUUGCAACAUGCUUCCGCUGACCGUUAGCCCAACGAACGAUAACCAGCGCAACGUCAUUCUAUGGAUGGAUCACCGGGCGGACGAGGAAGCCCGCACAAUUAACGCCACGGGUCACCGGAUGCUGAACUAUGUAGGCGGAAGCAUUUCGCUCGAGAUGGAAGUUCCGAAACUGCUGUGGUUGAAGCGUCACAUGUUCGCAACCGUAUGGACGAUGGCGGGAGCAUUUUUCGAUCUUCCCGACUAUUUGACGUACCGUGCAACGGGUAUCGACAGCCGGUCGAUUUGUUCUGCCGUUUGUAAGUGGAACUAUGACGCAGAGGAGCAAAGCUGGUGCGAGGAAUACUUCCGGUUGAUCGGUUUGUCCGAUAUGUUGGGCCGCGAUCACUGGAAACUCAUUGGGAGACGGGUGCUCCAUCCGGGAACACCCAUUGAAGGUGGUCUAUCGAAGGCUGCUGCCGGAGAGUUGGGUUUGCUCGCUGGAACGGCCGUUGCUGCGUCGAUGAUCGACGCUCAUGCCGGAGCUCUUGCACUGCUAGGAUGUCAAGGCGAUCCCGGAGAGGCUGGGAAGCUUACGUCGAAAAUGGGAAUUAUCUGUGGUACUUCAUCGUGCCACAUGAGUCUGACCGAGAGUCCGGUGCUGGCCCCCGGUAUCUGGGGACCGUACAAACAUGCGAUCAUUCCCGGGCUGUAUCUGAACGAAGCAGGUCAGAGUGCAACUGGUGUUCUGAUAGAUCAUAUCCUGCAAACGCACCCGUGCUACGGGACAUUGCUAAGCGAGCAUGGAUCAAAUUCAAAAAUUUAUGCAUAUCUUAAUGGAUUCCUGCAUUGCAUAGCGGACGAACGAGCUGUGCGGUCCGUUCAUGAGUUAACGAUUGAUUUGCACAUUUGGCCGGAUUACCACGGUAAUCGGUCGCCGUUGGCUGAUCCCGAUCUGAAGGGAAUGGUUUGUGGAUUGCGGAUGACGAAGGACGUUGAAAAUUUGGCACUUCUCUAUCUUGCCCUGAUGCAGGCGCUGGCUUACGGAACACGCCACAUACUGGACGUGCUGCAUUCUUCGGGACGCGAAUCGAUCACGUCGAUUCUGCUGUGCGGCGGUUUGAGCAAGAAUUCCCUAUUCGUGCAAACGCAUGCCGAUAUUUGCUCCGUCCCGGUACUGCUACCAACUGAACCGGAAGCCGUUCUGCUCGGUUCGGCCAUGAUGGGGGCCUAUGCGGCCGGGCUGUACCAAAGCCUGGAGUCGGCGGCCUCGAGCAUGGGUGGUAAUGCGACAAUCGUAACACCAGACUUGAGUGACGAGUCUCGCGGGUACCACGAACGAAAGUAUCGUGUCUUUCAGCGCAUGUAUUCUGACCAACGGGCCUACGAAAGAAUCAUGAAAGGUUGACACGAUCACAAAUCGACCCAGUUAAUUCGCAUUCCUGAUUACGCUAGGGAUUUUCGUCUUUGUCACGAUAUCUCUUGUAGACGAUAAUUAACAAUCGACAAACUAAAGUUGUUCGUAAUAGGUUAUCUGUUUUCCUUUUUAUCUUUUUUACAACUGUUAGCUAAUUCUAAUGCAAGCAAACUACGUAAUAAACGCGGCGGCUUUAGUUUCUAUAACCGAUCGACACA